UGCCUUCAUCAGUGCUGCGAAGAAGGCCAGGCUGAGGUCCAAUCCUGUGAAGGUCCGAUUUUCUGAGCAGGUGGCAAUUGGAGAGACAGAUGCAAAAAUGAUGAAGAAAGAAGCUCUUCUUCUUAUCCCCAAUGUCCUAAAGGUUUUCUUAGAAAAUGGGCAGAUCAAGUCAUUCACAUUUGAUGGCCGGACCACUGUUAAGGAUGUGAUGGUGACAUUACAGGACCGUCUUUCCCUGAGGUACAUUGAGCACUUUGCUCUCGUCCUUGAGUAUGCUGGGCCAGAACAGAAUCACAAGUUCCUGCUUCUCCAGGAUAAGCAGCCCCUGGCUUAUGUAGUGCAGCGGACACACUAUCAAGGAAUGAAAUGCCUCUUCCGAAUAAGCUUCUUUCCCAAAGACCCUGUGGAGCUGCUGCAUCGGGAUCCUGCCGCUUUUGAAUACUUAUACAUCCAGAGUCGGAAUGAUGUUAUUCGAGAACGCUUUGGAAUGGACCCCAAGCCAGAGAUGCUGUUGGGCCUUGCUGCCCUGCACAUCUACAUCACUGUCUCAGCCACUCGACCAAGUCAGAAGAUCUCACUCAAGAAUGUAGAGAAGGAGUGGGGCCUGGAACCCUUUCUUCCCCCCUCUCUCCUGCAAGGCAUCAAAGAGAAGAACCUCCGGAAAUCUCUCUCUCAGCAAUUGAAGGCUCAUCAAACACAUCCUUCCAGUGGCACCAAGGGCUCUGCUAUACAGGCCAAACUCCAGUAUCUUCGAAUCCUGAAUGAACUUCCGACCUUCACGGGUGUUUUGUUCAACACUGUGGGCCUGGACGAGAAGCAGUCAGCCACCACUCUCCUGGUAGGACCCCGUCACGGCAUCAGCCAUGUUAUUGACCUCAAAACCAACCUCACCACUGUGCUGUCCGAGUUCAGCAAGAUCAGCAAGAUCCAGCUGUUCCGGGAGAACCAGGGCGUGGCCCGGGUGGAGACCAGCAUCAUGGAUGCCAAGCCUCUGGUGCUGUUGAUGGAGUGGCCAGAAGCCACCAACUUUGCCGGCCUGAUUGCGGGGUACUGCCGCCUCCUGCUGGAUUCCAGGAAGAUGGUCUUCUCCAGGCCUGCCAGCCAGCCUCUUCCACCUCCAAUGAUCAAGGCAGAUUACAUGCACAGCACCCACCGCCCUGUCACUGGGGGCCACCUGGGGAAAAAGGAGAAUAGUUAUGUGGGCAGCGUGGGCACCAGCCCCCGGAAGUCGAGCCACUGCACGCCCCCGCCUGCCGACUCUGAGCUUGUCAGCUUCUGCUACCUCCACAUGCGGGAACAAAGGAAGGAGCAGGAAAGCCGGACAGAUGUCAACGAGAACCUAAUCAUCUUUGAGGAGACCAGGCCCCGGACCAAGUCUGACCCCACAUCCAAAAGCUCUGGCCAAAGCUAUGAUGUGGUCCCUGAUGACUUUGAUGCAGUCAGCUUAGACCACGAGCCUUGUGCCAGCAGGGCCCGGUCCUACACCUUGGACAAUUCCCUUGGGGCUGAAGCCCUGAAUUUCUACUGUGACUCUUGCAAAGCCAAACUCCAGGAGCAGCUGGGCCCUUGCGAAGGCGGGAGGCCCAGCUCCUCUCGUGACAAUAUAGUAGACUUGAUGUCCCUCCCACCUCCCGGGAGUGAGGAGGAGGAGGAGGAAGAAGAUGAGAGUACUUCUCUGCUGCCUGCCAUUGCCGCCCCACCCCCUGGUUUCCGAGACAACAGUUCUGAUGAGGAUGACCCCAAGCGCCGGGCAGUCCAGAGCCAAGAGCAAGGACGCCACCUGCGUGGGCUCCUAUAUGAUGAGAUUCCGGUGACACUGAUAGACAGCGUGCAGACCCGGACAGUCCGAGAUCAUGCCCAGGAGCUAGAUGAUGCUUUGGUGUCCACUCUGCAAGCUCUGGAAGCUCUGGCUGCUUCAGAGGAUGGACCACAUCCCCCGCCCCCACAGACUGCAGGUCUGAUUGUGCUGGCCACAAUCACCCCCGAAUCAUCACUGGACUCGGGCCAUGAAACCAAUUCCUCGGAGCUCACAGACAUGUCGGAGAUGAUGUCAGCCAUGAAGCAGCACCAGAACACCACCUACUUCCUGGCCCAGCACCUCAACAAGGACAGCCUCCUUGCCCGCAAGGACCUGCCCUUCCGGAUCCAGAGCUGUGCAGCCCAGGCCGUUCUCACGGCCCCUUACUCUCUUGGGCGCCUGGAUCCCAACUCCUCCCUCCAGCCAGUUGUCACAGGCCAGAGUCCCGGGCCCCCUGGCGCUCGGAGGAAGUUGCCCCAGCCAGAGGCCCAGCCACAGGGAGAGCGAACAUACACUCUGGCAGUGCACCCAGCACUGUCCCCACGGCUUAGUGAGCAAAAGAACCUGAGCCUGCUGUCCCCAGUUCCUGAGGACAGAGGGCCUGGCCACACCAGGGCAGGCCUAGAGAUGUCACUGAGGGCGACCACACCGUCCCUGAGUGAAGAGCAGAUCUCUGAGCUGAGGGAGAACCUGCCCAAGGAGGUCAGGUUGAGCCCCAAACUUAUCCUGGACCCAAAGGGCAGCAUGACCCCAGCCAUCAUCUCGGCUGCCCUACAGCAGGUGGUUCACAGUAAGAGUCUAGUUGCUCCUGGGGGGGCAUUGGGGAACCCCCCCAGCAGGGGAGAGAGGAGGCUGGAAGUGAGCGUGGGAAGGCCAGAAGUUAGCAUAACAAGCAGCAGCACCAACAAGAAUCUUAAGUUCAAAAUGAGCCCUGGUGCAUCAGAGACCCCACAGAAUUCCCAGCAGCAGCUGGGCCCAGAGGUCUCCUCCAGCCCCAGAGCACCCACAGGCAGCUGGGCUGAAAGCCUGCUCCUCUCCCCACAAGAGCUGCCUGUUCAAAGUUUCCCUACCAAAAGCUAUAUUUCACGUGCGAGUCGAGAGUCAGUGGGCAAGCAAGCUGCAGGGGAGGUGGCAGGCAAGGGUGGGCCAGAGGGUGCUAAGCCUACCCUGCACAAGCAGGGCACUGUCUUAAGCCAGGGGGAGAAGGGGCAGCUGGAAAGCACACCCCAAAGCAGCAAGCUUGAGGAGACCAGCCUGGUCCCCCGAGCUGGCUACCCCAUGGCUCUGCAGAGCCCCAGCUGCCAGCCACGAGGCCACAGUCCCAGCUGCCAGCCCCGUGGCCCCAGCCCCAGCAGUCAAUCCCGAGGCCAGAGCCCUCUGAGGCCUCAGGCCGACAGCCGACAGGUGAGCACCAUGCCUUCCAGGAAACUGGAAACAACCCUGGACAGAGCCCACUCAGCCUCUGAAGGCCCUGCAAAGCCCAAGUCAUCCCGAGGUCCUUUUCGGCUGCGCAACUUGUUUUCCGCCACCUUCCCAACCCGCCAGAAGAAGGAGACAGAUGAGCGGCAGGCCCAGCUGCAGAAGGUAAAGCAGUAUGAGCUGGAGUUCCUGGAGGAGCUUCUGAAGCCACCAAGCCAGGGGGAGCUGCCGGGCACUGAUUACCUGCAGCCUCCAGCACCUGGUCGCUGCAGCUGCCAGCUGCGCAGCAGCCCCGUACAGCAGGGGCCGGGCAUGUCCCGCGAGCAGAGGCGCAGCUGCGAUUGCAAGCGCAUCAGCCGGGGGGGCCGGCCUCAGGCCGCCCAGACACCGGUGCCCAGCCUCCGGGGGAGGGAGAGGGACAGGGUCCCCCCUCCCCAGAGACAGCCAGAGGCCGGCUUGAGCCUCAGCAGUCCCAUCAAUGUCCAGCGCAUACGCUCCACCAGCCUGGAGUCCCGAGAAUGUCGAUCAGAUCCUGAAAGCGGGGUUUCCUGCCUGACCACGUGUGCCUCGGGGGGCGAGUGUCUGGGAGCUCCCAACUACAGGAAACUGAUGCGACGCUACAGUGUCAGUGAGCUAGACCAGGGUGACAGGGCCUCGCUGACCUCAGACAUCUACCCACACCCUCCCCUGGGCAUGCUGCCCAGGGAGGCCAAGGAGGUGGAGGCAGGCCUCCCCCUUGGCCUGGGUCCCAAAAGCAAGUCCCUGGAGUCCCCGACUCUGGGAGAGCCCUCCUAUGUCCAGGUUGCCCCUGAGACCAAAGGCCCCAGAAAGAUGGCUGUGUUCUCACUGCCAGAGGAGGUAUACAGAAAGCCUGCCGAGCUGGAUGAGGACAGUGAGAGUGGCAAGUGCUGCUCUAUCCGCUACUGCUUCUACUACCGCAAGUGUGACAUGGCAGACGAUGCAAGCGACGGCAAGGAUGAGCUCUCCUACUCCAUCCCCAUGAAGAUUCUGCCUGGCAUGAAGUUGGAUGAGCAGGUGGUGCCCGUGGUGAGCAGGACCCUGCAGGUGCUGGACGCUGCCACCUGCAGCAGCAGCAGCCCCGAGGCCUCCCGCACCCAGGAGAUUGACCUGAGGGUAUCCACCUUCGAGGGGAGCCUGGCCAAGAUCAACGCCCUGCGGGCCCAUGCCUACGGCCUGCCUGACGGCUUCCUCGCUGCCCAGCUGGACACCAACGAGCUGCUGACGGUCCUGAGACAGUGUGUAGCCAGCCCCGAGGCCCGUGCCCCCAAGCCCUAUGUCUCCCAGAUCUCCGAGUACAAGCUCGAGCUGGCGCUCAAGUUCAAGGAGCUCCGGGCCUCCUGCCGCCGUGUGGCCAACGUGGACAAGAGCCCGACUCACAUGCUGGCAGCCAUCACGGGCAGCUUUCAGGUGCUGAGCAGCCUCAUCGAGACCUUCGUGCGGCUAGUGUUCAUCGUGCGCUCUGAGGCCCAGCGCCAGGAGCUGCUGGCCAAGGUGGAAGAGGUGGUGAGGAACUACACCUUCCUGCUGCGUGCAGCGGAGGAGUCCACGGCCCGGAACCUUAACCAGCAGCAGCAGCAGGUGGCAGCAGCUAUAGGGGCAGCUUCGGGGCACCCACCAGGCUCCCCAACUUCCACGACUGUUAUGAGCACAUUCACCCGCUCCUUAAAAACCCUUAUUAAGUAGGGCAUCUGCCCAGACCUGCCCCCUUCCCAACCACGGCCCCAGGUUCUGCGCUUCAUGGUCCUUGCAUCUUGUGAUGAGUGUGUAUGUCUGCUGGGCUGGUCAGGGCCCCGGAGCCCUUCUGUCUCUGGGAAGUGAAAACUCCCUUGAUUGAGGUUCUUCGGCCUGAGGGCCUCCAGGCAGCUGCUGCCCUGGGUGUCCUCACCCUGUCCCUGACCUCUGGGUGUCACGGUGAGGGCAAAGGCCCCUUGUCGCUAUGCCCACGGCAGAGCUGUAUUUUCCCUCUUCCCCAGGCCCGAGAGGUGACAUCAGGCUCACUUCCUGCUCUGCACUGGGGGCCAGGGGAGCUGGGCCCCAAAGCAGGAGGGUUCCCUGGCCUUGAGCUCCUCCUGGCAUCUAUUACCCCACAGGGAGCAGUGGCAACAGCAGCAGGCCACAGCACCAAGAGGAAGGGAGAGGGCGCUCUACCCAGCUGGGCCUACCCACAGUGGGCUCACACUCGCCCAGCAGGAGCCACCUCAGAGGGUGGCAUGUCUGCAGACAGCAGCCACACAGGGCUGUCCGUGGCUGGCGUCGCAGGCUGGCUGGCAGCCUCAGGAGCCCUCGCCCCCAGGUCCAGGAGCUCCACACCAGCCACCCCCAAAGCACCCUGCCCCUCACUGAUGGGCGGGGCGGCUCAGUCCACUAGGGAGCAAGCAUCUGGGAUCACCCCCCUCUGUUUUGGGUAAGGUACCUGGUGAAAUGUCUGCCCUGGGGAGACCCUCCGCAGGCCUUGGAUCCGCCUAGCCCAGCCCAGGGGCUGUUGCUGCAGGCAUGCGGUUCCUCUCUCAACAUCUCUCUACCAGACUGUCCUUAGGAAUUUGA